GAUCUCCGAGCAAGUGGAGCAAAACAUGGCAUCAGUCUCGCAGCGUUCGUCGAAUGCAACUACACUCGCAGCAUUCCCGAUUCCUCCGAUGAGCAACCCUGUGGGUGAACUACCUAUGCUAGUCUCUCGCGCAAACUUGCCGCUUCCAACUUCUCACCAGACAGCAUCGCGGAACGCUAUGGGCACGUCGUCACUCGAUGACACGUACCGUGCUAUCACAAGGGUGAAUAUGAUUGCUGUACUCCAACGCACUCGAUCCCGAGGCGAGCGACUGCAAAUCAUUGGCUGGGAGGAAUUGACCAGCUUUGAAAGGGCUUGGCGUGACAUGAACGAAGUCUUGCUGGUGGCAAUCUAUGGAAGAAAGGAUGUUGUUCUUGAUGACAGCGAUGUCGCCUACAUCGACUGCAUUGCUGGAGAACUUGACCACCAGUCAAAUCAACCUGGAUCCGAUGAGUGGGUCCGUCAACUGUUCGAGGAUGGUAUUUCUCAUGACUCCGAAUAUGAUUGGAGCCCUAGACUGAUACCUUGAUGGGGUUUAUGGGUGUAAGAUGAAGGAAGGCAUCUGGUUUGAGAGCGACGUGGAGGUCUAUGUCAAGCACGAUGUUCCUCGUGUAACCUCGCGUACUCGGAUGUGAACCACACAUGAAUAAAGAAUCAUAAAAGCUUCGAAUUUGUCUUGAGCUCCU